AGCAAUAAACUACGAUAAAAUGAAUAAUCGCGCGGAAAACGCGUGGCAAAGUAUUUUUAAAUCGUAUUAUAUACUCGAAAAUAUAUUUAAAUAUUUAGAUUUAAAAGAACAAAUAAAAUUAGCGACAGUGUGUAUGCGUUUUGCAUACGUUUUAGCCGAAUUUCUGUGGCCUAAAACUUGGGCCAAAAUAAAUCUAUAUAAAACGCCUGAUGUUAGUAUAAUCAACAAAAUUGAUAAUGACAAUGAUACGGAAAUGGAUGAAAUGAUAAGCAGCAAAAUUGCCUUAAAACACAAAGAAUGUAAUAUAUUUCUAUUAAUAAACGCCAGAAAUGUAAAAGCGCUAAAAGUGAAAUCGGAAUAUUUUUAUGAUCGCAUUGAUCGGGCAAUUUCUUUUAGAAAUAUAGAAAAAUUUAGAAAUUUAAGAAAACUCACCUAUCAACGUCUCAUUUUAGAUGAUGACCAACUGAAAGUUUUGUGUGUAAAUUGUAAAAAAUUACAGAGAUUACAUUUACUAGACUGUUAUAAUAAAAACUUGAAGACACUUAUUCCUGGCAAGGAUUUAAAUUUGAAUUAUAUUUUCGAAAUGAAACAAUUGGAGGAAAUUAUGAUAUACACAACGGAUCCAGCUAAUCAGGCAGUAUUAAAAUCUUCUCAUCUACCAGAUAUGUUUGUCAAUUUAAAGCUGAAGAAAUUGAUUUUGAAAAAUUUUGUCAUUAAUUAUAAUUAUACUGAAACCGUGAAAAGUACAUGCACUACGUUGGAAGUUCUUAAUAUGGGCAUUAUAUCUAAAGAAAUCUGGCCCAGUUUUAUGUAUUAUUUGUAUCAUUUUGAAAAUCUCAAAGAGCUUUUUAUCAAUGUUAGCAACUGCAAUACUUGCUUUGAUAUUCAAAUCGUUGAUAUUUUGGCGGCCAACUGCAGAAAAAUUGAAAAAUUGUCACUAGAAAAUUGUGAUUUGGAUGUUGAGGAUUUUAGUGUUCUAAUAAGUCUUAAACAUUUAUCAUUGACUUCUUGUGGUGGUUUAACAUAUAGAAAUUUUCAACAAAUAUUACAAGAUUUACAGUUAAAAUCAUUUGCCCUGAUUAAAACACGUAUUUAUGGCAGAAUGACUUCUUAUUAUGGUUCAGCUACUUUGGAGAAAAUCACUAUUGAUACCAUAUACUCUACAAAAAUAUCGGAAGCUUUUCAGAAGGCUCGUAAUAAUUUUGAAAAUUUACACACUCUAGAGUGGUUUAACGGUAGUACAAAUGGCAAUUGGCUGACUAAUAAAUGUCCCAAAUUGAAAUGUUUACACAUACCCAAUCCUUAUUCAGUGAAAAGGUUUGUUUUUACCAUGCAAUCGCUCAGAGAUUUAACAUUUACUUACAGCAAGAGUAAUAUGUUUUACUAUAUUUUUGCUUUGAUUCAUUAUAUGAAACUGGAACGUUUGUCCUUGGUGACAAACGAACUGAUAGAUGAAAGAAAAAUGUUAAGACUUUAUGCCUGCAGUAAAAAAACCACCUUGCGCCUGAUAAUUAUACCAUGUAUAAUAUUUAAAAUGUCCCAAUCAUUUUGGCUUGAUCUAAUAUAUAGCAAUGAGGAUUUACAUAUUACGAUGUAUGGCAAACAUGAGGAAUUACUGGAUGACUUUUUUCUGCGUGAAUUGAUUAGUUCUGAGAAAUUCUGUAGAAGAGUGAAGUCUUUAAAGAUUUGCGGUUUUAUAUGGGAUUUAAAAGAACAAGUGAAACUAGUUGAUAUAGCUAAACGUUUCGGUUAUGUUUUAUCUACGUUCCUGUGGCCCAAAACUUGCUCUAAAAUUAUACUAUAUAAAACUCCCUAUGUCAAUAUUAUAGCAAAUAUAUCAAAAAAGAGCAAAGAACAAGAAACGGAAAUGGAAGAGAUUAGAAAAGCCAAAGUGGCCUUAAAUCAUACAGAAUCCUUAAAAGUGAAUUCGGAAUAUUUUUAUCAUCAACGAGAAUUGGGAAUUUCUUUUAAAAAUAUAAAAAUCUUUACUAAUUUAAGAGAGCUUACCUACUAUCGCCUCAUACUGGAUGAUGAGCAAAUGCGUGUGCUGGCUAGAAAGUGCAAGAAAAUUAAGAAAUUACAUUUAAUAGAAUGUUACAAUGAGUACUUGACGCCACUGGUACCGGGGCAUUUGAAUCUGGAAUAUAUUUACGAAAUGAAAAAGUUGGAGGAAUUGGUAUUAUACGCAGAACCAGAUGCUGAGGCCGUAAUUAAAUCCUAUCAUUUACAAGACAUGUUUGUCAAUUUAAAGUUAAAGAAAUUGAUUCUGAAAAAUUUCAUUAUAGAUGAUAAUGACGCCGAUACUUUGGAAACUAUAUGCGAUACUUUGGAGGUCCUCAAUAUGGGCAUGAUAUCCAUGUGCUAUUGGCCCAGUUUUAUGCAUUAUUUAAGUCAUUUUGAAAAUCUACGUGAACUUUGUAUAAAUGUCAGUGAUUACAAUACCACCUUGAAUGCCCAAACCGUAGAUAUUCUCGCCAAAUGUAAAAAUCUGCAAAAACUUUCUCUAGAGAAAUGUGAUUUGAGUGUGGAAGAUUUUGGUGUUUUAACAAGUCUUAAACAUUUAUCCUUAGACUCCUGUGGUGGUCUAACAUUUGCCAAUUUUCAACAGAUAUUGGGUGCUUUAACUUUGAAAUCAUUUGCCAUGAUUAAUACUCGCAUUUUUGGCAAUAUAAAUCAUAUAUAUGUUUCACCUACUUUGGAAAAGAUCAGCAUUGACACCAUACGCUUUACCCAGAUAUCGGAAGCUUUUCAAAAAUCACUUAAUAAUUUUGAAAGUCUACACACCUUAGAGUGGUUAAAUGGCGACAUAAAUGAUAAUUGGAUUAUAGAUAAAUGCCCUAAAUUGAAAUAUCUACACAUACCCAAUCCGUAUUUAUUAAGACGUAUUGUUUUCACCAUGAAAUCCCUCAAAGAAUUGACCUUUACUUCGUGUACGGGUCUGUCGUGGUGUUUUAUAUUGAUUUUAAUACGCAACUUAAAACUAGAACGUUUGUGUCUGCAGACCAAUGAACUGAUAGAUGAUGACAAAGAAAUUCCUUUUAAUGCCUGCGGUAUAAAAACAACAUUGCGCAUGAUAACUAUACCAUGUAAUAUUUUUAAAAUGGCUCAGUCAUUUUGGCUUGAUCUGAUGUAUUUGAAUGUCGAUUUACAUUAUUUGAUUUAUGGCAAACAUGAAGAAUUAUUGGAUGGUAUAUUUCUGGAUGAGUUGAUUUUCUGUGAGAGGUUUUGUCGUCGCGUCAAGUGGAUAAAGAUUUGCGGUUAUAAAUUGGGUAAAGUAUAUAUUGUAUUCUAAAUUGACUUAGAAUGAUAUUCUAUUAUGCAGAAGGCAAGAACUAGAACAGAACUAGAGC